CAGAUUCUGCCCGUGGCUCACACGAAAAUACAUCCUGAUCAGAAACUAGGUGAAAGUGUUCAGCAACUUCUCCUAGCAAAAAUUGCAGUCUACUUGAUGACCUUCUUAAUAGUCACAGUGGCAUGGGCAGCUCAUGUAAGGUUGUUCCAGGUGGUGGUGCUUAUAGAUGAUGUCCUGGCUCUUCUAAAUCUGGCUUGUAUGAUGAUCAUAACUUUCUUGCCAUACACAUUUUCCUUAAUGGCUUCCUUUCCAGAGGUGCCUUUUGGCAUUUUCCUGUUCAGUGUCUGUGCUGUUGUCAUUGGCCUUAUACAGGCUGUGAUAGUAGUGUACGGAUUCUACCACCCACACUUACUAAAUGAACAGAUUCAGGAGUCUGCAAAUCCAGAUUUCUAUAAACACCAUAUCUUAAAGAUUAUCCUUCGAGGACCAGGUUUAUGCUUUUUAGCAGCCAUCUUUUCUUUUUUCUUUAUUCCUUUGUCCUACCUAUUCCUUGGGCUUGUAAUUGUUUUUCCGUAUCUCACUCGAUUCAUUACACGGUGUAAAACCAAGAUUGUUGGUCAGAGAGAGGAAGAGGAGGAACACCAUCGCUUAGAAACCUUCAAUUUUUACCUCAGUGAGCCUCUGAGUAAGGAACGGGUAGAGGCAUUUAGUGAUGGAGUCUAUGCUAUUGUAGCAACCCUGCUCAUUUUGGAUAUAUGUGAAGACAAUGUCCCUGAUCCCAGAGAAGUAGAGAAGAAGUUCCAUGGCAGCCUUCUUGAAGCUUUAAGUGAAUAUGGGCCAAACUACCUUGCCUACUUUGGCUCGUUCGUAACAAUUGGUCUCCUGUGGUUUGUCCAUCACUCACUUUUCCUUUAUGUAACAAAAGCUACAAGAUUAAUGGGACUCUUUAACAUACUUUCACUGGCUUUCAUUGGUGGGCUGCCACUAGCUUACCAGCUGACCAGUGAAUUUGCAGAGAAGUCCCACAAUGAAAUAGAAGCCAUUCAGGUCAGCUGUGUUAUCACUUUCUUUGCCAGCAUUUUCCAGUUUGCAAUAUGGACUACAGCCCUCCUCCAUGAAACGGAAACUUUGCAUCCUUUUGCUAGAUACGGUGGCAAGGAACAUGCCUUCAUGUUUGCCAAGCUGGCUCUCUACCCGUGUGUAAGCCUUGGGGUCUUCUUCCUCACAUGCUUGUUAAGUGAAUUUAGCACGGCAAUUUUCCAUCUGAUGCAGAUUGUAAUCCCGUUUGCUUUUCUUGCCUUGCGCAUUUUUGUUAGAAUUUCCUUAACUGCCAUAAAGUCUGUGAUGUCUCUCUCCAGGCGGAAGGUUGUGUUGUUGGAAGAAGAGGAGGCAUGCUUGUCUCCUACUGAAGCACUCUCCUGAAUUUCCGUGCAGUGCAUGUGAAGUUGUUAAAUUAACUUCAGUUCUUCUAACUCACGUUAUCUUCAUGUGUGGAUUAUAUGGUUCUAAACCAAGGCCUGCAUUGGCCAUAACUGGGGUAUAUUUAAGUUUUUGCUGGUCCUGCUUGAGCCCCUUUCUUCAAAACCUGUAACUGAAAAAACCUGGGUAAGUAGGGGAUAUGAAGAAGAGCAUGUUCCCCUUCCUUUAGAGUUACCCUUUUAAAAACAUGCUGCUUGACACAUAAUUGUGGUGGUGAUCGCUUAAGUGCAUAAAGAGAUGUGCAGUAAAAUGCCCUUUUUCUGACACAGGGCAGUUGUUCUGGCAGCCAAACACAGGUCUAGAAGCUGGUUGUGCAGCUGUUAAGAUGAGGAGUGAGGCAUGGAAGACAUGGGACACCUCUGGACUUCUGGA